GUCAUUUCAAAUGCUCUCUCGAUUCUUGAUACACGUCAGUUUUUUAAGUGUGGGAGCAUGUUAUUUGAAUACAAUGUCACUCAGCUGUUAGUUGAAUUUCAGACGUUUCAAUUAAGAACACAUUACAAUGUUUACAGUGAGAGAACAUGAAAGGUAUCCGCGCAUCUAAAAGUUUUCUUUUUAUAAAUAUUCUGUGUUUGCUGUGGUUACCUAAUUACUGUGAUAUAAAACAGAAUGAGGCAGAUAGCAGCAUUCAAAUUCCCGAAACUAUACCCGUUGAUCCUAGUGGAAUUGAGCAUGUAUCCCCCAAGCAAGAAAAAAAAACCUCUCCUGAAGUAGUGGUUCCUAUAGAAAAAUUAGAUGUACAGCCAAAUGUAGAAUAUGUAAAUAAUGUAGAAAAUAAGGAAAGUGAAGCUGAUGUAAGUGAUAAUAAAGAUAUUAAAAAGUUGCUUCAGUUUGAAAAAUCUCAUGAUGGAAUAGACCAGCAAGCAUUUGCAAAUUUGGAAAGUAGUAGAUUGAGCAACAAAGAAAAUACAGAAGACAUUUCAACAAGAAAAAGCCCAGAAUUACUUGAUAAGCCAAAUUUUGAAUAUACUACAAUGCCAACAGUAAACAAACCUGAAUUAAUUAAACCUUCACAAGCAGCUUCUAAUGCAGAACCAACAUUAAUUAAGAAACCAGUACCAAAAGUUGAGAAAUCUAUAGAUUCUAUAUCGCCUCCUGCUGCACCAGAAGUUGUACAAGGUGAAAAUGCUGGAAAGAAUGAAGAAACUAUUAAAUUACCUCAUCAAAUUCCUGUUGUGUCUGAAUUUGAAAAACGUUCAUCAGAAGAAAGUAUUCACCAACAACCUCAUUAUGAUGGUAUGCCAUCCUUUGAUGAAUGGAAAAAAAUGAUGUUAGCUGAGCAGCAGAAAGGAGGUCAAAAAGUGCCUUCACCUACACCACCAGGCAAAAAAAUUUCUAGUCAAAAGCGGCGGCGUAAUUAUUCUUCUUAUGAAUGUGGUGCCAAAAUUGUUGCCUCUAAUGCAGAAGCUGAAGGAACAAGUCGUAUUUUGAAUGAAUUAGUGGAUGAAUAUAUGUUGAAUCCAUGUAAAGCAAAAAUAUGGUUCGUUAUUGAAUUAUGUGAAACUGUUCAAGCUACCCAAAUUGAAUUAGCAAAUUUUGAGUUGUUCUCUUCGUGCCCAAAAGAAUUUGCUGUGUAUUCUAGUGACAACUUUCCAACUCGAGAUUGGGUUCUUUUGGGUACUUUCACUGCUGCAGAGCAAAGGGUUCUGCAGAGUUUUGAAUUGAAGCAAGAAGGUUUUGGAAAAUUUAUCAAAAUUGAAUUAUUAAGUUACUAUGGAAAGGAGCAUUAUUGUCCAUUGAGUGUUGUUCGAAUAUUUGGGACAUCUAUGGUUGAUGAAUACGAAGAGAUGGAAACAUUAGCUAGUCAUGCAGAUAUGUCUGAAGAUGAUCUGGACCGAUUAGACAUUUCUUUAGAAGAUAAAAAAUCAACUAAUAUAUUUGGUAGUGCUACUGAUGCUGUUAUCAAUAUUGUAAAGAAAGCAGCUCAGGCAUUAGGACAACAUCAACCAGCAGAAGAUGGACAAAGCAAUGAAACCAUUCCAGAUCAACAGAAUAUCUCUAAAACGAAGUUGUGCAACAUUAUAGAAAAUACUGAAACAUGUGAAGACAUUCCAUUAACUACUGAAAAAGAUGGUUCAUCACCUCUGCAUAAUUUUUCUUUUGCACCAAGCACGAUGCACAAAUCUAUGUUUCGCCUUUUGCAUCGCUGCGACCAGUGUGUUUCUUCACGUAUACGUUACUACUCCUCAGCUCAGCCGCAUUGCCGAUUCUUCCAAGCCGCUUUUGGACCAGUGGUUUUCCAAAGUCUGUGUGACUGGCUUAAAGAGCAUCCUCUUGUUUUUGCGCAUGAAUCAUCUGCACACACCAAAAAAGAUUCUUCUGAAAUUGAUCCUUUAACACCAUCUCCUACCAAGAGUCCUCCUCCUCAAAUAUUGGUUAUUCCACCAGAAAAUGAUUCCCCCAUAAAAAAGUUGCUGGUCAACACCAGUCACUCUGUUGUAAGCUCUUUAAGUAAAAGUGAUGUAAUCAAUGCAACACAAACAGUUUCAAACGAUGAUGAUGCAUCUUCAACAUUUUCUGAUACAAUUCAGUUGGAACCAUCUAUUCAGCACACACAUGAACAGACAGUUCAUACAGUUGCAUUAAAUGACACUAAGAAAAUAUUCACUUUUGUUGAAUCAAGUGAAACAGUUCUGCCCUCUGUUGAAUCAAUUACUGAAUUACCUAGGAAAUCUAUCAUUAUACAAGAAGAUACUAAUUUAUCACUAGAUACUAUUAUUGCAGAAACUGUGCCUGCUGAUGUUAGUGUGACAGAUUCAUCUGUUGUUAGUGAUGUUCUCACAGAUGCUGAUGAAGAACAAAUGAAAGAAUUCAUGUUGGAUCCAUCUUCUGUGACUUCUGAUGAUCUUACUUUGUCAGAUAUUGUGGUUUCAACUGAUUUGCCAAAAUUCAAUGAAGAAAAAUUGUCAGAAAUGCGAGCAGAAAUACAAGGGAAACUAGAACCAGUUACUGUAUCGGGUGUCCCAACAACUGGCCAGAAAGAAUCAGUUUUUAUGCGCAUGAGCAAUCGUAUAAAAUCUCUUGAACUUAAUAUGUCUCUUAGUAGUCAGUAUCUGCAAGAGUUAAGUCAACGGUAUCGACGCCAAAUGGAAGAUAUGCAGCGUGCAUUCAAUCGUACCAUCGGAACUCUAAAUGACACAGCUAGAAAGGCGGCUGAAAGGGAUUUAAAACAGCAAGAUAUUUUGAAUGCUUUACAGUUGCAAGUUUCAAAUCUCACUCAAACUGUACAGAUUUUAAUGAAUGAGCGAUCUUCUGUUUUCCGACAAAUGAUCGAAACUCAUGUUUGUCUCAUGGUUAUUGAAGCCAUCAUAAUGAUCACAAUUAUGUCAUUGUGUGUGCGUCGUAUCUCUUCAUCUGCUGGUCAGGUACCUCAUGUUCCGAGAGAAACCCAAGUGGCUUCUCCUCGCAUAACUAAAAGGAGGAGUUCUGUUGAUUCCAUAACUCCUCCCGUGGCGAGAAAAGUGAAAAAGAGAUCUGCUAGUGAAGAGGCAUUAAAUGCAGGAGAAAACUUGUUAAUAGUCGAACCUUUACCAGUAUUCCUAGAGCCUAUUUUAAAGGCAAAAAAGAAAAACCGAAAACGCAGUAGAGUUCAGCGAAGUGCUUCAAAUCCUUCUGUUCAAUCGAGUAAUGCAAGUUCUACUAGUCAGUGUAUUGAAAAAUCUUCUGAAGGAGGCAUAAUAAAAAUGAAUGGAUCUAGGCAGCAAAUGCAUAGAAGAAGUUAUGCUUGUGAAAACUGUAAUCCCAAUACUUGUACAGAAAUUCGAACGUCUGAAAAAGAUCGGAAAACAAACAAGACACCCUUUCAGAAUCUAACAAAUGGUACUAUUUUAAGUUCACAAAAACUUCCGGUUAAAAACCAGAAAAUAGAGAAAGGGAGAGAUAGGUUUAGUAUUAUGAAAUUUUUAAAAUUUCAAAGAAGAGAUUCUAUCUAGUCUUUUUUUAUUGUACUUAUUUAAGUACUAUUCCUUUUUUUUUUUUUUUUUAAUGCUCCCUGUGUCCAUCUUGGGUGCUGUUUUUUAUGAUGGCUAGUUUGUUAAUCUGAUUUAUGCAUGUUUCUUUGUAAAUUUUGUCAUGGAAUCUUUACUAUUAUUAUUUGUGCUCAUAUUUAUUUGUACUUUUCAUUUGUUUUGUGGAGUAAUUUUCCACAACUAAGCAUUUAUGCAAAUAUUCAUUUUAAUGUGUUUUAAAAUUUUCAAUAACAGUUAAAAGCUGAUUUUAAACUAGUUUUAUUUUAUGAAAUUCUAUUUAUACAUAUUACAAAAUAGCAGUUUGUGUUGUUUUUUAGGGACCAAGAAUUAUGAUUUAAUGUCAAAUUAAGAACAAAAUUUGAAUUUAAAACUUGUUAUUGGGCAUGUGUACUUUAGUCUCAUUUACUAGUCUGUUUUUCUUUGGAAAAAAAGACUUUCUUUCUUUCUUUUGAAACAUUAACAAGAAAUUGUAAAUAUGGGACUCAAUCUCUGAAUGGAUGAUGAAAAUAAAGUAUUUCAUAAAGAA